AUGCAACAUCCAAAAUUUACUCAGGAGAAAAGAUUUCAAAUAAGUGGUGAGGAUUUUAUAAAAUUAGAAUAAGUCAAGGUUAGGUUAUUUUACUAUUCUAGAACGAAUUAUUAAAAAUUAAAGUAUGAGGAUUAGAUCUAUCAUGUUGGAUAAAACUUAUGCAUCAAAGGCGACAACCGAUCAGAAUAUGUGGCUAAACUUAUUAAAAUAGUUAAACUCUACGAUGAUGAAGAUAAUUGCAUACCCUUAAUCAAAGUGCAAUGGUUUUAUAGGAAAAAUGAACUCUAUGGUAUACCCAAGGAAUAAAUGGAUUGUAUUUCAGAAAAUGAAGUUUUCAAAACUAAUGAAUUUGACUAUAUUGAAGUAGAAAGCAUCGUGGGAUUAGCAAUUAUACUCAGUUAUGAGGAGUAUGAUCAAAUUGAAGAGUUAAAUGAUAAUGUUUACUUCACAAGAGCCUCAUUUAUAGACAGAAAAUUAUACCCCUCUGUUGAAUAAUGGAAAUAAGUUUGUAUAUGUCAUAAGCCCGCCAAUCCAGAUUUAAAGUAUAUAUUUUGCGAUGUUUGUUAAAAAUGGUGUCACUUAAAAUGUGUGGGCCUAACACAAGACUAAGCGGAUAAACUUAAUAAAUAUGUAUGUCCAGAUUGUAAAAACUGAUAUAUAGUAAUUUUUUAUAUUGAUAAACACA